AUGAUGCCUCAAGCAAGCCUGAGUAUUGUCCCUUGUCAUUGCAACCCCCCAACACGAAUACACAAAUCUAAGAGGCUAAGUGUUGGGGCAUUUGCUGUGGAGCACGACGAUGAUAUUGACGAAGUCGAGGAAGAUGAAGAUGAUGUGUUCGACUUCACUACGAGCAAACUGGAUCAUGUCAAAAGCAAAGACCUCGUAGAGGUAGAGUGCAAUGAUCAAGAGUGCGCUAUCAGUGCGACAGACCAAAUACACUCUGUCUGGGAGCGCGGUCUCGUGACGUUUAAGCCAAAAGUUAAGUCAAUUUUAGAGGAGCAUGCACGAGCCGCCACGAGAGUUGAAAAACAUUCUAAAGGUGAGACACUAGGUUACGUGACGCCGUGGAAUAGUCGUGGCUAUGACUGGGCCAAAAAAUACCGCGCUAAGCUUACGUACGUCUCACCCGUGUGGCUUCAAGUCCGCGAGAAUCCCGACCACGUUCCAAUCAUCACAGGCACGCAGGAUAUAGAUCGCAGGUGGAUGUUGGAUGUUAAGAAUGGAGUAGCUGGACAGGAUAUGCUUAAUGAAGGCCCGGAGAUUGUGCCUCGCGUUGUUUACGAGCGUAACCGUCUCGUUUCCGAAGAUGUUCCUGUGAUUAUUGACAAGAUUUUGGAGCUAGUAAACAAGCACGAGUUUGACGGAAUUGUCUUCGAGAUUCCAGUGCAAGAAGGCACAGUGGACAUGCUGCAGCAAAUCGGUCGUGCUUUCCGGGCGGCAAAUAAAUUGCUGAUACUUGUUUUGUCCAGAUGCUCACAAGAAGGUGAAUUGCCAGUGACUCACGAGAUGUUUAAUGAGCUGGCACCACUUGUACAUCGAUUUUCCAUAAACGCAUAUGACUACAGCAUGCCAGGACCAAAUGCGCCGUAUACGUGGCUUGAAAAGACAUUGAAAAAUAUGUCGCCUAUGGAAAGACAGAAAGUCUUGAUGGGACUUCCAUUUUAUGGCUAUGAUAACACUGAUGCAAUCACGGGAAGUACAUACAUUCAGUCAUUGAGUGAAAACGAGAUAUCUGAGAUUCGAUGGGACGCAAAAGCUCAUGAAUGCCAUCACUCGUAUUCGGCUGCUCAAACUCGAAGUCACCAUGUCGUCUUCUACCCUUGUUUGCAAUUCCUCCAGGACCGUUUGAAGCUAUUUAGAGAGCAACACGUUGGCGUUGCCAUCUGGGAGCUUGGACAAGGGCUUGAAUAUUUUUACGAUCUGUUAUAG